AUGAAAUUUCAAACUGUGUUUAUACUAACUGUUUUUACAGUGAUUGCAGUUAACUGUCAAAAAGCUAAAAAAGAAGACGAAAAAAAAGAUGAAGAGUUUACAUGCCCAGAAGGACAGGGUAAUGGUAAUUUUGCUGAUCCUGCAACAUGCAGAAGAUUUUAUCAAUGUGUAGAUGGAUAUCCAUACUUAAACAGAUGCCCGUCAGGAUUACAUUUUGAUGAUAUCAGCAAAUUUUGUACAUUUAAAAAUGAAGCAAGAUGUGGGCCUAUUCCUACAACUCCUGCACCAGUAACCGAGACACCCACAGAUUUGGCUGAACGUUGUGACACAUCCACCUGUCAACUUCCUUACUGCUUUUGCUCUCGCGAUGGAACAAUAAUACCUGGAGGACUUGCACCUGAAGAUACUCCACAAAUGAUUCUUCUAACUUUUGAUGGUGCAGUAAAUCACAACAAUUUUGAUCACUAUCAAAAAAUAUUCAACAACGAUCGUUUGAAUCCAAACAAUUGUCCGCUUAAGGGCACAUUUUUUAUUUCUCACGAAUAUUGUAAUUAUAAUAUGGUUCAAAGUCUAGCUCAUGAUGGUCAUGAGAUAGCUACUGAAACUAUUUCAUUGCAAAAAGGCUUAGAAGACAAAGGGUACGAAGAGUGGGUAGGUGAAAUGAUUGGAAUGCGAGAGAUUUUACGACGUUUUUCAAACAUCAGUAUCAACGAAAUCACUGGAAUGCGUGCUCCAUACCUUAAACCUGGUAGAAACACCCAAUACAAAGUGAUUGAAGAUUUUGGGUACAUAUAUGACAGCAGUAUUGGAAUUUCUCCAUUAAAAACACCAAUUUGGCCUUACACUCUCGACCAUAAAAUUCCUCACGAAUGUAAAGCAGGAACUUGCCCGACUAAAUCAUUCCCAGGAGUUUGGGAAAUACCUCUUAAUGCUCACUAUGUCGAGACUUACGAAGGUGGUCAUUGUCCUUACUUAGAUCAGUGUGUUCUUCAUAAUCAUGAUCCUGAAGAAGUUUUCGAGUGGCUGCAAGAAGAUUUUAAUCGGUAUUAUCUUCAAAAUCGUGCUCCUUACAUGAUGCCAUUCCAUACAAACUGGUUUCAGAUCAAAGAAUUGGAAAGAGGUCUUGCCAAAUUUCUCGACUGGACUAUUACAUUACCUGACGUUUACUUCGUUACUGCAACUCAAGCUUUAAGAUGGAUUACAGAUCCUAAGCCUCUAAAAGCUUUGAAUAAUUAUGAACCAUGGUCUUGUAAAAAAGUUGAAAAUGAUCCUGGUCCACCGUGCAAUAAUGCUAACAAAUGUGCUCUUGAUUUUAAACCAUCCGAUGCUAAUUUUACGGCAACAAGAUAUAUGGAGACGUGUGUUGAAUGCCCGAAUAAAUAUCCUUGGCUAGGAGAUGCAAAAGGCUCUGGUAUAAUUAAUGAUAACUAUGAUCCUGAGAAGAAAUAA